AUGAAGGGCUUUAUGGCAGAAAAUAAUUUAUUAAGUCUUGGUGACAUUGUCAAUGCAGUAUAUGUGGAACGUAUAAAAGUUUUACGAGAAAAAUGUAACGAAACUGGUGAUGAUCCGAAGCCGUGGGUUGAAGCAACGAUAAAGAAUCUUCGUAAAAUGGUUGCUGAAAUGAUAGACGAAGACCGAAAAUUAUACGAGCGUAAAAUGAACGAAAUUAACGCAAUCAAAUUAAAACAUAAUCAGUUGUGGAAAGAAUUACAUCCAGAUAAAGACUGUCCAACGUAUGAUGAUCCAUUACCUCUUUUACCAGCAUUACGAAAAUAUGAAGAAGAAUAUCACAGAUUAAAAGAACAACAUACAAAAUUAUUAGAAAAAGAACCGGAAAUUAGACGCGAAGAACAAGAAUUAUGUAAUGAACUGAACGAGCAACCAUUGACUAUAGAUAAAGAUACAUUGUUAGUUACAUGUAUGAGUUUUAUCACAACACAUAUUAUAGAAUUACGAGAAGAGAAGACAAAACGUAUCGAUAAAUUAAAUACGUUUGUAUCAACAUUAAAAGAAUUUGAAGAACUAUACGGAUGGAAAUGUCCGACAAUCGAAACGAUGAUUGGUCGUUUAUUAAAUAUUGACGAUAUUUCAAAAUUUUCAUUAACAAAAGAAGCUAUUGAACUUGUGGAAAAAGAAUUCAAUGAAAUAUCGGAACAAGUUAGUAAUGCUGAACAAAAAUUUGAACAAUCAAAAAAUCUUUUAAAAGAUUUAAUUCGUAAACAUCGUUCAUUAAAACCAAUAAGCGAAAACAUAAUCAAACAUCAACAGUGUCGUCUAUCAGUACUACCGAACCUUACUGCUGAAGUUGAUCGCUAUAAAGAACAUGCAAUGGACAAAUUAACAUCAGAAAUAAUGAAAGUACGUGAACAAAUACAUUUUAUAUUGGAUAAAUUAUCGGUUGGUCAAGUUAAUAGUGAUCCAAAAUAUGCAAUUUUACAUGAAGAUGAGUUUACGGAAGAUUUACAGUAUAUGCAUGAAGAAUUAUUACAAGAAUUAGAGGCAAAAUAUGAAGCAAAUAAAGCAAUGUAUGAACAAAUUGAAAAUUGGGAUGAUCUGUUUCGUGAAUAUCAAGAUUUUGAAAAAACGUCAACAGAUCCUGAUCGUUUUUACAUACGUGGCUAUAGUGCCAUAACAGAAUCAAAAACACGUAAACGAUUAGAACAGCAAUUGAAAGAAUGUGAAUUAAAACUGCAAGCGUUGGAUGAGGAUUAUCAACGAAAAAAUAAUAAUCAAGAAUUCAAAAUCAAUGGUCUGAGUAUAAUGUCAUAUAUUGCUCAAGUAAAAGAAGAUCAUCAAAAAUUGAGAGGACGUGAUCAACGAGAUCCAUCACGUAAACCAUUAGAACCCAAAACAACUGGUUGUAUAGCAGGUGGUCGAGUUCGUUUAAUAGAUGAUAGUGGUGCUUGUGCACCGUCGUUAUGUGUACCAGUAUCAAAAAAGCAGAAAAAAAGAAAUUAA